GCCAGUCGGCGAAUCCCGCAGAGACGCCACGACCGGCUUCGCCGUAGGCCUGCCGAUCGCCUUCUGUGCACCCGUCGACCACAGCUGGGCUGCCGGAGAGGAAACGCGCUCGCCACGGCCACGAGUGAAGCCACGUUUUUGCGGUGGGCGGCCAGACACGUUGACCUUGGUGCUCGAGCCGACUUCUUCCGGAGAGACAGUGUUCUAUGGUUUCGCAGCGAACUGCCGCCCUGUGGCACACAGUGAACCUUGGCUGCUUCAGCUUCCCUCACCGCCGCAGUCAUAGACUUACAUGCAGCCUUGACAAGUGCGACAGGCAAAGGCAGUUUUCUGGUGAAGUACAGUGACUGCCGUAACGAAGAGGAGCAGUCAAUGAGUUGUUCAUUCAUUCGUAUGACGAAGAUUCUGUGUCUGUCACUACUGAAGAUUACUUGCGGCAUCUGUACAUCUUUUCUGAUGGGCUAGUGUCACCCCCGUUUUUCAUUAUUUAAUAAGCAUUGGGCUUCUCAACGUAACCCUUCGAGUUGGCCGAAGACUGCUACUUCAGGCCCCGUCGGAUAUCGAGAUUGCAGCUGAAGGACUCACCCGAGGCUAUUCAAGCUAUCUGGAGUGCAAUCCAAAUCUAGGGCUUCCUUCACUGAGGAGUAUGUGUGAGCACAGCUAGACAGCAAGAAAACACAGACACAUACUUCAGCGAUUCAGGAUGACGUCCUGCUGAGUUCCUCAAAAGGCUAAAGCAACGACUCAAAGCAAAGGCAGCGUCGCCGUCCAGCCAUGUGGCCAAGCCUGCUGAGCCUGGCUUUCGGCCUGGCUUACGUCUGCAGCCGGACUCCUUCCACGCAUGCGCAGAGGUUCCGAUCUCCGUGGCUGCACGAUGUGGAGCACCUGGAGGCCCAGGCCAGCUACCGGACGGCGCGCCUGCGUUGGCAGUACAGGCACCUCCCGCAACCGCCUGCGUUCCGGGUGCAGAUCUGCGAACUGCUACCGUGGCUGCCCAAGACGGGACCCCGCUGCCGACUCAGGAGGCUAAGCCUACGAGGUCCUCAGGCUGUUUACGACAGUGAUGGCACGCCCCGCAGCCUGGAUCUACUGCGCAAGUCGUCCAAGUCUGGUUACGAGGCGCUAAUCGGAGACCUUCGGUUGCUGACAAAUUACAGCGUGGCUGUCGAGCCGGACUUCUCAAGCGACUCGGACGUGAAUGCCAUCCUGUACGGCUCAGGGCAGCUGCCGGCUGACGCUGCUGCCGGUGAGGAAGACCGGCGCUUCCAGAUGGUCACCUCUGAGUACACACUGAUGACCACCAAGGGAUUCUCUGCGCGGGCGGAGCGGUGCUUGGCGAACGCCUCCCGCGUGGUCGUCAGCACGGGUCCCUUCUUCGGGGGCAAGAUCGCCGUCGAGGACAGCAACGACGACGCCUGCCUGCUGUUCGGCGACCCCGGCUCGCCGCAAGACGCGUACACACUCGACAUCGACCACAAGCGUUGCGGAAGUCGACUGGUGAACGGGUCCAAGAUGGAGACGAACAUCAUCGUCCACGAGAACCGAGACAUAAUCACGCACAACACGCGCCGCUACUUGGUCGUCUGCAGCUUCCUGCCGGACACUUACACAAUCACAGCCUCGGUGAACCUUCCCGUGGUCCGUGGCAAGAAGAAGAGCAACGUGGCGACGCACACCAAGGUGCCGGGCGGCCUGCUGCUGGCCAACGCGCGGCUCGAGACGAGCACUGAGCAGAACGAGGUGUUCACCUACCAGCGCUACAAGGACAGCAACGUGCGCGACUCGCGCAUCGCCGCCGAGCAACGCAGCAGCACCACGCUCGACAGUGACGCCAACGGCACCCACGUCACAGGCAGCAUGGCGCUGGCUCUCCUGCUGGCCACAACGGGUCUCGUAGGCUGCUGCGCCGCGCUAGCCUGGUACGCAGCUACGAGCCUUCAGCAGCGCCCCAAAAAGGCGGAUGCUCACGCGCCGCCUUCCGAAGACAGCGGCCGCACGGCAAGUGAGCCUAGCCCCAUCGCUCCCGUCGACAGCGGCUCGGCGGACGCCGGCGACGAAGAGAAGCAGCAGAAACUCGUCGUCGACAAGCAAGACGAGCAGCUGGAGGAACAGCUUGAGCAAGACGAUCAGCUAGAGUCGUGUGUGGUCAACUUCAUCACCAUCGAAGGCAAACCAGUCGCGCUGAUCCCGGACUCCACGGCGAGCGAAGUGUGACUGCGCGCUCAUUUCCGUGCAUAGUUCAGUUACAUCGCCGAUGGUGUCGCCUUCGCCUCCCGAUGUCAUCGAAUCGCGACCCUCGCACGCACAUUGCGUAACGUGCAAGGGUACGACCCCCUUUCUUCAUCACCACAUGGCAGCAGGUCGCGGGUCGAGGACCACGACAUGGGUUGUCUCAAUUUAUCCCGCCACUCUUGCUUCGCCCAUUUAACAAGGCCCGUCGAGUAGUCCACGCGCCGCGCGCCUGAUUUUACAUGUGCUAUGAAAAAGAAAAGUGUCCACAGCACCAUUUUACACAUAUGGAAAAACACGAACAUAUUAUUUUAGCGGCCUUUAACCUGACGCACUGAACAUUACGCUAUAAUCAAGGCUGUGGCAACUUUUAGUGCAAUAGUAGAGGCUCGUUAGCGCAACACACCGCAUGAACUGUUGUUAGCACUGCCAGCAUUCAUUCAAGCUUGCGGAAUGGUCAAGAGUUAAGACUGGCACAUUUAUCUAGCCGGGAAACGCGCGUUACCGUUGCCGAAUGUGCACAAAGGAGGCGCAAAACUCCGGGCUAGCGGACCUUGUGCCGGUGUCUUCGGUGUCAGCGUUUCUCACACCGGGAACAGGUGAGAAGCGUCCUCGUGAACUUUUGGCGCCACCUUGCUUGACGGUUGAAGAGCCGAAAAGACUUUUUUCUGCCCAUGUCAUGUCCAGUACCAUUAUAUGUGCGUCCACGUUUGCUCAUGACAGUCUUCCCGAGGGUGUCUACUCGUGCUGGGAUCCAUCAAAGAGGCGACGACGACGGCGAAUUUUCCAAAACACUUGGGAAACACUCUACUCGGCUCUACUUCAUGGAAAAUUCCCAACCGCAAGGUUGCAUGCCCAAAUUGUUUUCAGAGAAUGGAUUCAGAGAUUCGCGAUAACUGACUUACUUUGUCAGCUCCAGCACUGAGCGAUAUAGAUAAUACGAUAUGACACAUAAUGUUACUGAGCAAGCGCUUCUUAGUCACGGAACGCAUCAUCACGUAGGUCACAAUGCAUCACCAGUCGCUGAACCAAUCCAUGAAUGGGAGCGAAAGAUUACACUGCUGCAGCAGCUCAACUAUCGAACCCACGUUCGUUGCUCUGUAAUGCCGAGAGCACGUGUAGCAUUCGUUUGCACGAGCCUGGCAUUCAGAGGAUAAUAACUACCCUUGUGUGCUGAUUUUGUCACUGCGUUUUGGAAACUUCUAUUCUGAUCACAUUUUUACGCACUUUUGACCCUUCCAGGGAUUGCUGUUUGAAAUAUACAAAACUCCACUCGCUUAACGCACACACAAGCCUUGGUAAAUUCUAAAUUAACAUGUGCCUACGCACACGGUUCAGUUUCUCGCAAGAGCUCCCCUAAAAUUUAUUUUUAUUAAUUUCCACAGUUCUAACUUCGAAGAGAAAAACAUCGCAUUUGCAUCGGUGAUGCGCGCCCGCACCGGCAAAAAAUAACAAGCUUAGCAACUCAUAUAUUUUAUAUUUACCCGAAAGGCGUUUCUUUUCUCAUAGAAUCUACGCCUGCUUCUAACUUGCUGCUGCAGAAGUUGCUGGCUGUUCAUGCCAGUAAUUUCAGUUGACGAUGUUGUUGAUCCGUUCCGUGAGAACUAGGUUUACUUUGAUGAAGCUGAAGAGCGAGACCUGUUUGUUCGUGUUGAGGCUAAACAUUGUUCUGCGAGAAACAUACACCAACCAGCAAAGACCACAGGACAAGCGCGAGAAUCUUUCAAAACUUGUACGUUAUGUUGCACUUAAUAAACAUACUAGGGAAGCGAUGCGAACAUGCAGCCCAGGCCAGUUUCCUGCUUAUAUGUUCACGUUCCCCUCACCGAAUAUGCCUUUGCUAACUGCAAAAUAAGGCACCAGCUGAAAGCCUAACAUCUGUCCUGUCAUCCUCUCUUCACUGAUUUGUGUAUCUUUUUUCCGGUAGCGCAAUGUUUAGUCUCGACUAUGAUAACCAUCCUAUAUUACCAAAAAUUUACCUUAAUCUUAACCUCAAAUUUUCUUUAAGGCAGCUAGAGAAAACUCAUCGUGCAGUAGCGUCAUUGUUGUGCAAAGAAUACAUAUAUCCCUCAAUAUGCACCACAUGCGAUAUUACAGUUGGUUUUGGGCAAAAUUCAAAAACGAACACGCUUCCCACGUUCUACUGCAUGGCCCUGCGCGAGGAACGCUCACGUUGUGGCAAUUUUUCUUCAAUAAAGGCAGGAAUGCGGCCGGUCAGAUCGCUUGUUAGCAGAAAGUGCGCUUGGUUAUCGAUAUCAUCCUUCUUAUGCGGAGUCAGAACGAUUCUUCCGACAGGUAUUUUUCUAAAUGUUUCAGCGCCGCAUCAUGCAGUGAGUUAUUGAAAAUAGUCAAGUCAAUGGACAAUAGUGUUUUCUGACGCUUCAACGACGCUAAAUACAAAGGAACACCAGACAGGAAAUUGGGAUCAAGGUUGCCGUGCAGUGGGAUAAAUAUCGUUUUCAAUCAUUUCUUUUAUCACCUCGGUCGGCGUUUGUAUUGUGUCUGUGCCAUUAUUUCCGAACAAAGGAGGUUUCGCAAUAAUCUCGACUUCUUCACGUGGCGCUGCAUUUCAUAAGGAACAAGGUGUAAUGCCUGAUGAAGCAAUUAGAACAUAGGGCCUAGCAUUUUCCUGGCGCGUCGGUCUACUUCAGUGACUUGUGGAGAGCGACAAGGAUGAACUUUGUUGUACAAACGGCUCGUUGACGAGACGUCAUCACUGGUGACACGUUGUGCGUUGCUUUAGAGUUGGGAAGUUCCCUACAUGCACUGAAUGUGCUCCACUAGGCGUCGCCAGAGCUUAGGGAAGCAAAUGUGCCCACCUGUGCAGAUUGCUUCCCGUACCAUUUGCCAAGCUUCUAUGGCCAAUGAGGGAAAUCAGCGUGGUAUCAUCUACAAGGUGCAAUGACAGUGGUUGAAACCGUGCCUUACUUAUUGGUAGGAAAGGCAAGAUCUUUCGACAGGGAAACCAUUGUGAACCAAGUUUUGGCCUUCGCGUUUUCGCUGGUUUUGUAGAUGCGCUCUAAUGUGCUAUUUGCUUUGAACAGGGUGCUACUGAAAAGAAGCGAAUGCUAUGUUACAUUUAAACUGUAUGAACGUGUCGCAGCAUGUGCCCCUUUUUGGAACUACUUUAUGAUUCGAUAAUUCAUGGACGUGACGUAAAUACCUUGGUUCCACCAAUGUGUGACCUAUAGAAUCGCGCUUAAUUAGGAAGCGAGAACCGCUAGGCCUUGAAGACCAUGUAAUACUGUGGGGACUUAUGAUGCGAAUAGUCGGUGAAGUGUCUACCAUUUCUAAAUGUAGUUUCGCUUUGAUAACUGUUUGUGACCUGACAAGCAUAUUGAAACCUGCAAUUACUCUCUCUUUUUCUUUCUCCGCGUACUUCCGUUCGAAUUCAAAAUAUUUCGAAGCUGGAGCUACAUGCGAGCCAUGGCAUGUUUUCCGUCUCAGAGGUAUUGCGCCAUUCAGGAAUGGGCGUCAUGGGACAACUGUGCACAAGACCCUGCUGAUAGAACACAACUAAAUGCAUGAUGCAAGACUGCCAAUACUCGUUUAAGUUGUUAAAAAUAACAGUGAAUAAUUUUUUUACAUCCCGCAACUGCUAUAAUCCUGGCCUUUUGAGGCUACGCUCGACCCACGAAUUCUUCACAUUGAACUGAUAAGCAAGCAUAUGCGACAGCUGAAGCUCUUUGGUUAGCUUAGUUUUGUCAUUGUCUAAAUUUCAGUUCUGUGCUGCCUCGCCAGAAACGGCGCAGGAGAACACAAAUGCUAACACGCCUAUCUUCGUCGUGUAUAGUUGUUGCGAGGCUGACAUAAUUCAUAUUUUCGACACAAUACACGAGGCAGAUCAAGGCGCAUUGGCACAGAAACGAUGUGACUGGCGCAGCGUAGUGAAGGCACGAUGUCGUGGUCAACAAUUGUUUGAUUUGCCUUCUAUGGUGGCGCAUACUCACUGCGGGGGAUCGGCCAAGAUGUGGACGGUAAGAGUGCAGCGGUUUCGCCGUCGUCUUCAGGCCCGCUUCCGAAACUUUCAUUUUGACUGCAGCACGAGUUCGGCGAGGGGGGGGGGGGGGGGAGUGGCGACAGGCACGCGAAAGUGCAUUCGCUUUCAUGUCCCGCGCGUCUUUUAUGAAUAAAGCUGCGACUGCACAUCUCUGCUGCAGUGGUGGGUUCAAUUUCGGUAGGUGUUAAACGAAGACAGAACUCGCUGUCUUAUGCUACGUGCCCUGGACUGCCAAGGCUCUUUCCAAGGCAACUUUGUGCUGGACAGAAGAAAAUGUGAUUUCGAGCUAACGAAAAAAAAGAUAUUUUGGGCCUUCAUAGAAGUGGUAAUUACUUGCGACAAAAAAAAGAAGAUUAGCGAAGAACCACUAAUGCAGUCUCUAGCCGUAAUCUGCACUGUAACUAUGUUAGGCGACAGUCGGCUCGCGUAACAGCCUAACAAAAUGGCCAGCAAAAGUAAACCUAAGAGAUGGCUUUCAGCUACGCAUUAUUUUUUUUAAUCCCUUGAUAUUUCUUCAGUUUUACUUACAAUAUAUCCCUCCAAAAAUUCGUGUCCUAGUAGUCUACGAACACAUGCUCUUUAGCCUGGUUCUCUUUUUUUUAACGCAACCAACUAUAAUUUAUGGGACGUAAAGGUUUUCAUGCAGGAUCUAUUGUUAACUGAAUGGGUACCCCUCCUGCUCCUCCCCCACGCGAAAUCCAUAACAUAGGCUUUCCCCACCAGGUGGCACAUUAUAUGUAAACCACCUACUACGGACACCCUUUCUUUAAAAAAAGAAAGAUACUGUGUUGCGCAACUCUCCGCAGGGGCGCAGAGAAAGAAAAUCUCCCUAGACGUAUGUUUAGCCCUCAUAGGACGGCGUCUCUGCACGCAACUACGAGCAAUGCGGGCAGUGGUGUCACGCACGUACGUCAGCUUCAUGACAGGCCUCUCAGAUGUGGAGGGGCUGGUACACUCCCCCGACGUGAACCAGAGUGGUUUCUAUGUGCGGGUCAUUGUAGGGAAGAACAGCAAACUAGCAGGGUCGCUGAACAAAGCACGAAUUUUGUUUUGAGGUAGCACGCAUGCCGUAGCUGUAGCUCUCUCUAAACGUUGAAAUACUGUUCAUGUUUUGUUGAACGAGCAAAGCGAGGCGCGAGAAUAAAACUUAUGUCCAACUCCAAAGGAUCCCACAACUGCAUGACUGACCACCCUAUUCAGACAUUAUAUGCGUAAGAUCUACUCGUUUCGGGGAUACAAUUAGAAAGGGGCACUUGCACAUGGGUCCUCGCGUACAGAGAUUUCACUUAUGCGAGAAUGUGUCAAAGCGAAAGGCCGCGCGGGCGAGCUUUUUGGGAGCUGCACGUAAUCUUUGUUCAUAUGCCUUGAACUGUCUGCUCAUUCGUGCUUUUCUUGACCACUCGUACCUAUAAUUGUACCACCGCUCGUGCUGGAAUAAAACAGUUGUUAGUUCA